GCAUUGCUUGCUCUUUAAGUUUACUAGCGAACACCACCAGCAACUUACUGAAUUCGUCAAGAAAAUCCAAAAGUAUCAAUGUUGGUGCCAUCCCCCGUUAUACUAGCCCUAUUAUUGGUAUUAAUAAUUAUACCCGCCAGCACUGAGCAACGAGAUGUCGGAAAACCAUGUCUAGUGGAAUUUCCUAAAAAGUUUCAUGUCACGACAGGGACUACCGUCCCUAUGCGUGAUGCGCCACCAAUUGCGCAGAGCGGCGCCAUUUAUGUGGACGCCGACGCGGGAUUGGUGCGCAUCGAUCAGUUCUACCUAGGUUUGCAGCACAGUUUUAUGGCGGAUCUCAACAAAAAGCGGGCUUACGUUUUUGAGCGCACCUACGUCAACAGCACUACAAGUGAGUCCAACGGGUUAACCUGCAGAGUCUUCUCCACUCAAGGUGCCAUCCAGCCCCAAUGUGUGCCGUCCGGGUUUUCGACACACGUCGAGUCGUACCUCGUUCGCGGCGUACCCGUGACGCGCCACACCGGUUUUGAUCGCGAGGAUGGUCGGUUACUUCAGAUUGACUAUUACACCUUGGAUACGUGUUUGCCUUCCUUUGGUAAGUUUAACAACUUCACCACUCCCUGGCGCAUUGAAACACGACUACGACCGGGUUCAGAAUUGAAAGAAAUAGCAGGGGCCCCCUUCUCCACACCAAAUUGGCGAUACUUUGGUCAGCCGAUGUUUGACGAGUUGGCGUUCCCCGCUGCGUCACAGGGAUUCAGCAAAGAGAUCCUACCGUGGGUUUCGGAGUAUGACCCCGUGACGGUUGAUUUUUACAACUUUGUACCACACACGCCUGAUGCUAACGUAUUUGUAAUUCCACGGGAGUGUGUUGAGGCGGAGGACGCAUGGGAGAGAGCGAAGGAAUCGGCCACCUUUGACAAAUUUGAAGAAAAAAAUGGCGAGAGAAGCGGGAAAAGUAAUUUCCAGCUGACCAUGACCCACCGUUUCCUUAUCGAGUGGAGUGUCUCUGCUGUAGCGCAAUCGGUUGACGGGUAGUUAGAAUUAAUAUAUAUAUUUUUUAGAUGUAGAUAUAUAUACAUAUAAAUAUAUAUAUCAGAUUUAACUAUGCUUUCUACUUCUGUUUUAGUAAAACUA